AUGGGUCCCGGAUCGCUCAUAGCUGGUGCAUUGCUGGCAGGUGCUGCUGUGGGUGCUGUAGGAGCUGGUAUUGGACUUAGUGUAGCAGCAGCGCAUCGAAUCGGCGCGGCUUAUGGUGCAACAGUCGAACAAAUGCAAGCACAACAACAAGAGGCUUAUUACUACGAUCAACCAGCUUACUACGGAUAUCCAGGAAGCUCCAGUCAUCAUUACAGUCACCACUCUAGCCGACACUAUCCCAGUAGACGAUCAUAUGGUUAUCGUUAUUAA